GAACCCGGCCUAAUGGCGGAAAUUCUGAACAGUUAUGUGUCAACUUUCUGAAUAAAAUCAGCAUUACUCCAAGAAAUUAAAUGGCAUACGGUAAAUGAUUAAAACUUUGAUGGAGAUGGAAUGAUGCCAAGCUAGGUCUCUUGGCAAUAGAUGGGUUAACGUCUCUUCUUGGCAAGCACAACAUGGAUCUUGUGGAGAAUAUAGUCUAUAAGCUGGAGUCGAUCAACAAGGUGCUCCAACUUACAUCCGACCAGUACAAAGAUGUGAUGCGCGUGAUGGAUGAGGAGAUGUCCAAGGGAUUGGGCAAGGACUCCCACAAGGACGCCUCCGUCAAAAUGUUUCCAACAUAUGUCAGGAACAUUCCUGAUGGGACGGAGGAGGGUAACUUUCUUGCCUUGGAUCUUGGUGGCACCAACUUUAGAGUUCUCCUUAUUUCACUCCGCAAAGACCAUGAUGUCAGCAUGAAAAGUCGCAUUUAUCCUAUAUCACAGGAGACAAUGACCGGGCCCGGCACACAGCUAUUCGACCAUAUAGCAGAAUGCAUCUCCAACUUUGUCAAAGAAAACAAACUCAAGGACUUGCAGCUUCCUCUGGGAUUCACGUUCUCUUUUCCCUGCGAGCAGCGAGGCUUGGCAAAGGGCCACCUAGUCCGAUGGACGAAGGGAUUCACGUGUAAGGGAGUCGAGGGAGAGGACGUUGUGAGGUUAUUACAUGAAGCUAUUGAGAGGAGGAAGGAAACCGACCCAGAUCUGAAUGUUGAAUGUCUUGCUGUAAUAAACGACACAGUCGGCACUCUGAUGGCCUGUGCGUAUGAUGACAAUGACUGUAAAAUUGGUCUUAUUUUAGGUACAGGGACCAAUGCGUGUUACAUGGAAACCUUGAGCCGGGUGGAGAGAUGGGACGAAUCACUUGACGAACAACCCCAACAGUCACCACCACACAGUCCUAAAAUAACCGAGUUCCUCAAUAAGCUGAAGAUUGGCGGCAAGCGUCGCACUGAACUAGUCAACGGACAGCCCUAUGUGAUCAUCAAUACCGAAUGGGGAGCAUUUGGAGACAGUGGUUGUCUUGAUUUCAUCAGGACCGAGUAUGACGCAGAUGUUGACAAACAUUCCCACAAUCCAGGACAGCAGUUAUUUGAGAAGAUGAUCUCUGGUAUGUACAUGGGAGAAAUUGUUCGUCUUGUGCUUGUGAAGCUUGCUGAGGAUGGUCACAUCUUCAAGGGUGAAGUGACAGAAGACCUCGACACGCGGGAACGAUUCUAUACGAAAUAUGUCUCUGAAAUCGAAAGUGAUAUUGUCAACAGUGAGAAAAAUAAGAAGGCUGAGAAAGAGAACACAGAUCAGUUUGAGAACACGCGUCACAUCCUGAAGGAGUUGGGAUACGACGAGGCGACAGAUGAAGACUUCCAGGCAGUCCAGAAAGUGUGCGCAUUAGUCUCGUCCCGGGCAGCUUAUCUAUCAGCAGCUGGUGUUGCUGCUCUUCUAAACCGAAUUGACAGCCCUCAGACAACGGUCGGAGUGGAUGGUUCCCUCUUCAGAUACCAUCCACGAUUUGGCGAUCUCAUGAGUCAGAAAAUUGAAGAACUGAAACCAGAAAAUAAGUGCAAGUUGAUGUUGUCCUCUGACGGCAGUGGCAAGGGAGCUGCAUUGGUGGCUGCGGUGGCAUACAGGGUCAAACUCCAACAACAUUCGUCCUCAUGAAAUGCUCACAGAAGAUAAACCUCGGAUCCAUUUGCUGCAGGCUGUGUACAGAACCCUUCAAAAAUCUCAAGAGUGGCAGCUAGGAAAUCGUCGCAAAAACGUGGCUAAUGUCUAAGAAGUUACUAAGAUGGCAUCUUUGGAAGGAAGGAAAACUUUGAAGUGUGCGUGAUUUGAGAUUGUUCUACUCCACUUGAGGAAUUGAGAAAUGUAUUAGUUUUGUUUGGGAGAGCGAGGGUUGAUGCGCAUAUUUUGGCCAAAAGGCGUGUAAGAAUUGUCUUUAUUUAGUUAGGAUCAUUCAAGAAGUGCACUCAGUCUUUUCAGGGAUUGAGAAUGCAUCCAUCUUCAACGCAGCUGAUUUUAUUAAUAGAUGAUAGCUUAGUUUUAGUUUUCAGACUAAAUUAUGUCUGGGGUAUUUCCAGGGCUGUAUUUAGCAGGGUGCAGGGGAGGCUUUUGGUCCCCAGAUGUUUGAAAAACAUCUGAUCCCAGAGAUACUCCCCCUCAAGUGGUGUCCCCUGUUGGUUAUGAAAGGAACUGGUCGAGUACUAAUGUGAGUUGAAAGUGACUGAUUUCGCCUGUAAAUGGCAAAGUUUGUUGAAUGAUAAGUAUUUGGCCAUAUGUAAAAUUGUUAUAAUUUGUACCUCAGUUACAGCUGCCGAUCAGAGGUUUGGCUUUCAUGGCUUUAUACAGCUGCUUUCAAGUAUGACUUAUCUGAUGCAAUUUAAAUAUUAUCAUAUUGUGUAACACAUCUUAAUACUCACACUUGUAGUAUCAUAAAAUGUCUACUUUAGAACCCUUUUUAGGUGUUUUGUGACUCUUUUUUUCCUGAGUUAGGGUUUGAUUCCAAUUUUAACAACAGAAAAGUGGUAUAUCUAUCUGUUCCAAUAUUUCUUAGUUGUCUAUUGAAUAGAGGUGAAUAUGUUGUGUAAUAGUUACAUUUAUUUUACUCAUUAUUUAGGGAUGAAAGUAGGAGGUUUAUGAGAGAACGUGGGUCGAUAUACUGCAUGUACUUACUGAUAAUAUCCAUACUGUCUUUUAAUGAAAGUAACUUAUGGCUUCUAGAACCUGUGAUCUACUAAUGUGAAAGCAUCAGUGGCUAUGAGUGUACUUCCAGUUAUCUAGUUCUUAAUAUACUGUUAAAACUCUAAUCUUAUGUGCUGUUUAACCCCAUAAAGUAUAAAAAUUUGAGUGGAAUUUACCAUUUUCCGAAUACUUGAAUUUUGAUCCUUUGAGGUUACUAGUGAUACAUCUUUCUGUGGUUAAGAUCAUGUGAUCUAAUUAUCAAUUCCGUGCUGUUCAUUCUAAGGGGCUGUCCACCACCUGAUAGGCGCCGAAGUAGUUCUCAAGAUAGUUCAAAAGUCGAGGGAUCCUGACCAAGUUAAUACCAACUGGUGUGGAUCCAGAGGGGAGCACCGCCCCCUUGUUAGAGAUUUU